ACACUUCAACUAAUGGUAUUCGUAUAUGAGAUGACUACUUAACACGUUGACUGCCAACUACGAGAUAACUCGUAUAUUCCGUUCUUUGCUAGGACGCCGACUACGAGUUAUCUCGUACUGUGUUUACUUGCCAUUGUCGCGUAGCUACGCUUAAACUCCUAGCAUAUCAGUGCUAAUAUGGAUAGAUGGCUUCUGGGAAGAGAACAAAAAAUCAAUGUUCUAUGCUUUUUGAUGAUUACUAGGUAAUAUAAUUAUAGUCUUUAAUAAUAUAAAAUGAUUAAAUGCAAUUGGCUUUUUAGACCGGAAUUCUGAGAAUGGUCGUGGCAGUCAACGUGUUAAGCCGUUACCCUACUACCAAUACUCAAUCAAGCCAAACAUCACCUAACUAAGCCUACCUGUAGGCGAUUACGAAUAAAAUCGCACUUUCUAACGAAAAAAAAAACUAAACGAGUGUGCGAGUGUCCAGUAGUAUGCAGUGUAAGUCAGAACAUAGGCGAACUUAAUUGUUCAUGGGAUUCGACAAAACAAAACUUUGAGUUGAUAAUUCGCGACAGUAUCGAUUCAGCAGUGUCGCUAGUAUGACGAAAUUGGUUGAAAAAUACGUGUUCUACGGGGGUGCCACGGAAGAGAGUGUGGAAUCCGAUUGCCUGUCGCUAGGAGAGCUCAUCAUAAAACGAUUGCGUGCAAAUGGAGACGAUGUUGUAUUCACAGAUGCUAUCACCGGAGAUUCAUAUAGCUGUAGUGACAUAUUGGAGCAAUCAGUUCGGUUAGCGAAUAGGUUUGAUCGGAUUGGAAUUAAGCAAAAUGACGUCAUUGCGAUCAUGAGCGAGAACAGAAUCGAACAUGCCAUAGUGUCUUUCGCGGCAAUCUACAUGGGUGCAAUACCACUUCUGUUGAAUCCGGCAUACACUGCCGCAGAACUCGAACACAUACUAAAAAUAUCUAUUCCUAAAGUGAUCUUUGUAUCUACAACUGGGAUAGAAACCUUGCAGUCAAUGUCAACAAAGAUUCCGUCUAUCAAAAUUAUCGUAUUGAUGGGAUCCGAUGAUGCACCAAACCAAAGCGUCACUCUGUUCAAGGAUCUUUUCGAUCGCAACAACGCUGAAUUCUUCACUCCUCAGCCUGUGAAUUUGAAAGACCAAGUAGCCUUAAUGGUUCUUUCGUCUGGAACAACAGGAUUUCCCAAAGUUGUCCAAUUAACCCACUUCAACCUGAUGGCAGUUUUGGCGCAUAUUCGCGAGAUUUUGAAAUACGCUCAGAUGCCUUCAACAUCUCGUGGUCUUGCAAUUCUUCCAUUUUAUCACAGCUACGGUUACAUGAUGCUUUUCAGUGCCUUCUGUAGUAAGCUAAAAAUUGUAAGUCUACCAAAAUUCGAACCAAAAUUGUUCCUAUCUACUAUUCAAAAGUACAAAAUCACCGGAGCGGGAUUGGCACCGCCGUCGAUGAUGUUUCUAGCCGAACAUCCCUUGGUCGAUGAAUAUGAUCUUAGUUCCCUCGAGAUGGUCGGCUGUGAUUUUGCCCCUCUUAGUAAAGAAAUCGAGGACAUAGUCCUGAAACGACUACCGAAUGUGAAAAAAAUCCGCUCAGGCUACGGGAUGAGUGAGUCUACGCUCGGUGUGCUCACGAGAAUGUCCGGUAAAGGCGGUAGUGUUGGUCGUGUGAAUCGUAUGUGUAGGGUAAAAGUGACAGAUGUGGACACCGGAAGAACACUUGGGCCGAACCAAGUGGGCGAAAUCUGUGUUAAAGGACCGAUGGUUAUGAAAGGUUAUUUGAACAACGAAAAAGAAACUCGAUCGGUCAUCGAUGCAGACGGUUGGCUGCACACAGGAGAUACCGGGUAUUUUGAUGAGGAUGAGGAUUUUUUCAUUGUAGAUCGUAUCAAAGAUUUAAUCAAGUAUAAGGGCUUCCAGGUUCCUCCAGCUGAGGUAGAGGCAGUUCUACUUUUGAACGAGGGAAUCAAGGAUACUGCAGUGGUUGGUGUACCGGAUGAAGCUAGCGGCGAGCUUCCGUUAGCGUUCGUGGUUCUUCAGCCAGGGGUGAAGCUAAGCGAGGAAGGAAUUAAAACAUGGGUUGCGAAUCGUUUAUCCAAGGAAAAACAUUUAAACGGAGGGGUACGAUUCAUCGCUGAAAUACCUAAAACAGCAUGUGGAAAAAUUUUGCGCCGUGAGUUGCGUGAUAUGGCGAGCAAGUCAAAGCUGUAACAGGUUUUUCAGUUGAGAACGACUUAAGGACUAUUCACACAUUUCAGUUCCGUGACGGUUCAGUGAAAGUGCCUUCAGUGUUCUUUUUUCAUCGGAACCCUUCCGUUCCGUUUCCGUUCUGGCACAGCCAAUGCAAUGACAUACCGACUUCAGUGAAAAUAAAAAAUAUCGGGGACGACGAAUUUGAGUUUGCCGGACGGACGCUACACUGACGGCGAGCUGCAUUGAAACGGCACGGUGCCGGAUAGGUGUGAAUGCGCGCAUAGAAAACGAAUGAAAUAAUAUCAGUAUCCGUGCACGGUGUCGUGCCGGCACUGAACCGGACCGGAUAUGUGUGAAUAGUCCUUUAAUCUGUUGAUGAUUACUUCUAUCGCAUUUUCCUGUUCAGUAUUUUUUAUGUCGUUUUCUUAGGCCCAGCCUAAACCAAAAAACUUAUAUAAACCACCCUGUUUCAAAAGGCUAUAAGUUUCCGGUCCACAAUUUCUCCACCUUAACUUAGAGUGCAAUGCAUUUACUUAAUAAUCAGCUAUAGUAUAUCAAAAAGUAAAAAGAAAGAAUUUGAAAUAAUCGUCUCCGAAGACUGACAAUAAUCAUAUUUUUUCCGAGUGAACAAUUCCAGGGGGGCGAAGGCGGCACUCGCCUCGGGUGCAACUCGGGGGGCGCCAAACCAAUCCUGUGGCCUUUUUUUUACUCGUUCAAGUCAUAUUUCCGGAGAGGAAGUUCAGCUUUUAUUUUUGCUCACUAAACCAAUAAUGGGGGCGACAAAUCUUAUUUUUCCCCGGGUGUCAAAUUUCCUCUGUACGCCACUGAUUUGUGAGAAAAUAUUUGUUGUUGGGAAAAAAAUGUAAGUCAUGCAACUUUUUUUUCGCGAAACCUUCAGUGCACGAACUAGCCGUAGUAAUUAGGAGCAAUACCUGAAGAAUUGGAAUGAGUCGAUUCUUAAGUUUUUGAGAUAUAAGACUCACCGAAAAAAAAGUGUUUUGCGACAGAGAUUGUACAAUUUUCCACAUAUAACAAAAAACAUGCUUUUUCUCAAACAUAACAAAAUAUAUGGGGCAUUCCACGCAACAUCAGCCACACAAAUUUUUUUUUCAUAUAACAUUUUUUUUCGGUGCAGAACUCGAAAAUAUUCGGCACGUUUUUUUAUUUCAAUAUGAAACGUGGAAUUAUCGAGAUAUGAUUUUUUGAAAUUUCGCGUUUACAAAAAAAAAACCUUUUUUCAACAGCCUAUACUGUAAAAUCGAAUAAAGAUACAAAAAUUCGUUCAAGACAUGAAAUGUGCGUCUUUUCUUUAGCUUUCAAAUAAUCAAUUCCAUAAAACAACCUUUAAAGUUAAUUCAAUGAAAAAGUUAAAAAUUAUUAAACAAAUAAAACGCGCGCGGAGUGUACCGCAGUGCAACUCGCUCGAACGCGGGCUUAACUUGUCGACACAUGUCGCGCCACAGAUGGAAUCCUAACUUUGACAGUUUAUUGUUGGCAACAUUUCAAUUAAGAUCACGGUGUAAAAAUUAAUUUAUAAAUCAAAAACAGUCGUUGCGACGAGUUUCUUCUUCCCUUCUUGAGAAAUUCGAUUUUUUUGCAAACAAA